AUGGAUGAUAUUUUCCAAAAUGUACAUUUCGAAUCAAUAAAUGUGGUGAUUGGUAACGAUUUACCUGAUUAUAGUCCAUUGAUUUUGGAUCUUUCUGGUCGCUGCCACAAUUUUGUUACGCCAUAUACAGAAUCCAAGGAAUCGGUUUUUUGGGCAAAUUUAAAGUGUGAAAAGGACGUACGUGUUGAUCGUGGAAUUAGUCGAGACUCAAGCAUUCAUGUUCCAUCUUGUGCCACCUUGCAUAUUGGAGAUUAUUCAAUUGAUGGAGAGAGGAGUGAUUUUGAUGGAUAUUCUAUCGCAUUUCUAAGAAGAUGUUAUGGUAACGAUAAUUCUAAACUGCAAUUAAUUGGAAUUGCAAAUUCAUGUCUAAAGUUUGCUGGAAGGCCACUAUUUGGAGAUGUGAGCAACAUUGAAGAUGGGACGGUAUUCAAGCUUUAUUCAUCCAGCGAUCUAUUAUCAACAAAUUUACCCUGGUGUUGUUUGCAUUUGGAAAAGAAAUUGAUUCCAUUUUUUAAACAAGCCAUUAGGGACAAUACGCUCACCAUUAGACAGCAAAUCCAAAUCAGUUCGAAUAGUAAAUUUAGAAAUGCAAUGAUUAUGAUUUGUGGAGAUGAGACAUUUUUUGUUUAUCGAUCAGCACUAAAUGGAACAUUUAUGUUGAUAGGUUAUCAGGAGCAUGAAACUGUGAUACCAAUAUAUGCAGUUUGUAGGUCAAUUUUACAUAUCAAUAAGGCCACGGUAAAUUUGCAAUUUCUAAACAACCUUGUCGUCUCUAGGGCACUAUCACUCGAACUAUUUCUAUCAUCAUGCCUAGCUUCAAAAGCUCAGGUGAUGUCUCACAUCUCAAACUCAUUUACUCCACUUGAAAUGAUAUGGAAUGAUGAAUGUAAUGUCAUUUUAGUGGACCCCGAUAAUAGUUGUGGGCUACAAUUGGCUCUUGUGGCUACUAGGAAGAUUGGUCCAAUGUUCACAAUUGAUUCUCUUAAGAAAUUCGGAAUUGUUUCCAAUAAAUAUGAUUUUCACUAUUCAAUAUUGGCUUUAAAAAGGCUUGCAAAAUUGACAAUUAUCGAAGGUGGCACUUGUAAUCCAAUUAACGAUGCUAAAAUUUUGCACAAAUUGUCACAAAAUGGAUAUAAAAACGUUCAUGUUGAAAUAGAUUUGUACCUUCUACACUUAAAUUUGUGCAAAUGGUUAUUGUCGCAUGACACAAUUACCUAUUCGAACCUCUCCAGGGCCGUGGAUUUGAUCCUUUUUCAAUCAAUUAGUGGCAAGAAUUUACAAACUAUGAUUGAUUGUAUUCUCAGAGAUAAUAAUCGCUGUUGUGAAGAUCUACACUACCGUUUGAAAUGUGAAAGAUGUUUGUAUAUUUGUUUGCUUGAAUAUUAUUACGGAGGUGGCUUGACUGUUGGCAGUUUUGCCGCCAAAAUGUCUGCAAAAAGGGUGACUAACCUGGUAACCACUUCAAUGAGUGAGAUACUCGAGAAGCUUAAAACAUUGGAAAUUGAUAGUGUGAGAUCUGCGAUUUUCAGACAAGUAAAAUGUUUUAAUUACCUUGCGUACCAAUACCACACCAGAGGAUUUCCGGAGAUUAGACUUUCAGUAUACCAGGGGCAAGAAGACAUUAGCUUUAAUCAGCUCAUAUCACAAUUGUACUCUCCCAUGUCAUGCCAUGUAUCCUUUUUGGCCGAUACUGUGGACUAUGGGAGCUAUGGGGGAGAAAUUUCCUUCAAAAUCAUUCCUUGGCAAAUGCAAUUUUGGAUCUUACGAGAUUGUCUAUCAUACCUAUUCGAACUCAAGCGCGAUUGGUUGUUGGAAAGGAUGCAACGAGUGUUAUAUAUGUUUUUCAAUGUGCAGUGGGAAUGUAGGGGUGGCUGUGACAUAGAGAGAUUGAAGGGUGUCAAUUGGAAGACGUUAGGAUUGGACAUUUUAACCGGGCCGCCAACGGGGCACACAAGAGCGACACUCAAAAUGUUUACCAGCAGUUCAAAUUAUGCAACAGGCGAACAAGAUCUAUUGAGUUCUGCGCGGGAUUUGGAUAAUUUCAUUGACUUGGUGGAUAAUUCAGGUAACAGAACAGUUUGCCCGUUUGCGACAGAGUGGGAAUAUCUCAUCACCAACGCAAACGUACCCAUAGGUGCUAUUAAAUACUAA